CCGGGUCCCAAGUCCCGCCGAGACCCCAUCGUGCCCACCGCAGGCGGGACGAGAUGUCGCCCUGGCCCAGACCCCCGCCCCGGCCCGCCCUCCACCUCGUCCCCGGACCACCGCUCUGGAUUAGACGCCGCCCCGCCCUGCCGGUCCUCCCGCCCGUAGGCGGCAGGAGGCGUUCCUGUCCUGGCCCGGCUUCUCCUUGUCUGUCACAACCCUUAAGAACGAGGUUCCUCUAAUAAAUUCUCUCCCUCCCUUAGCCGGGCCUCAGCCAGCAGCUAGCCGGUGUGGGCAGGUGGUGGAGAGCGGAGGAGGGCCGGCUCUGCCCCUGCAGCCAGACCACUUGACUGCGGAUGCUGAGCCUCUUAGGAGGCGUGCGAGGCCUCCAGGGUCCAGCCCAGCUUCAUAUGUUGGCAACCCGUGCAGCCUCCAGGGAGCAUCCUUUGCGCAUCCUGCAUCCUGCCUGGCUCGGUUGGGGAGGGGUCUGGAAGGAGCCCGCCAGCGCACUGACUGGGACCGCGCCCCCACGGGACAACUCCGGGUGGUGAAGGCGGCUGAGUCACGGGCUUUUCAGGCCUGCGUAGCCUGCCCAGGGCUGUGACUUCAGUGAGGGAGCCAUGGACCUGCUGCGGGAGCUGAAGGCCAUGCCUAUCACUCUACACCUGCUCCAGUCCACCCGUGUUGGGAUGUCUGUCAACGCCCUGCGGAAACAGAGCUCGGACGAGGAGGUCAUUGCGCUGGCCAAGUCCCUCAUCAAGUCCUGGAAGAAGCUCCUGGGUGUGGAUGCUUCUGAUGCCAAAACCAGGAACCGGGGAAAGGGCACACCUCUGCCCACAUCAUCCUCAAAGGAUGGCUCAGAGGCCAUGGAUCCCAGCCGCAAGAGGCCGGAGCUGCCCAGGAUGCUGUCCACCCCAAGGAUUACCACGUUUCCCCCAGUGCCUGUUACCUGUGAUGCUGUGCGCAACAAGUGCCGGGAGAUGCUCACCACUGCCCUGCAAACAGACCAUGACCAUGCGGCUGUUGGUGCAGACUGUGAGCGACUGUCGGCCCAGAUUGAGGAAUGCAUCUUCCGGGAUGUGGGAAACACAGACAUGAAGUACAAGAACCGUGUGCGCAGUCGCAUUGCCAACCUGAAGGAUGCCAAGAACCCUGACCUCCGGCGGAAUGUGCUGUGUGGUGCCAUAACCCCCCAGCAGAUUGCGGUGAUGACAUCAGAGGAGAUGGCCAGUGACGAGCUGAAGGAGAUCCGCAAGGCCAUGACCAAGGAGGCCAUCCGUGAGCACCAGAUGGCACGCACAGGUGGCACUCAGACAGACCUGUUCACCUGUGGCAAGUGCAGGAAGAAGAACUGUACCUACACGCAGGUACAGACCCGCAGCUCUGAUGAGCCCAUGACCACCUUUGUUGUUUGCAAUGAAUGUGGAAACCGCUGGAAGUUCUGCUGAGCACUUGUGCAGUUGCGCUAUAGCCCCAGGUCCUGGCCAAUGCUGCCCCUCCUGCAUUCUUGGUGGACACAGCUUCUCUGGAGACCCCCAGUAGGCGGCAUGCCCUGCCCCAGCUGCCUGGUGUGCACCUUUCUGCCCUUUGCCCUGUUAUUAAAUGUUUUGUUUGCCAUCUUGC